CUAGUGUCCUAUUUAGGAGACAAGGGCGCAGAUUGGAUUGGAGCGCGGCCGCAGCGAGUCGUGUGUCCGGAGCCGCUGUGGUGUCGGUUUGUGAUAAAUCAUCCUGAACGUGUCGGUGUAAAGUCGUGUCAGUGCGCUGUGAUUUUAGUGGGGGUGUCGGGUUCGCGCUGAAGCUGCAUGGGGUUUAGUUCAGACGGAGGAUCGUGUUGUUAUUGUUGUUGUUAAGGAGGUACGGGUAAAAUGUGAGAGGCAGCGAGCGGCUGUGAGUGAUUUGUCCACCUCAAGAGCACCCGGAAGCGGUAGCUGCGUGUCAGUUGGGCUGUUGUUUGUGUUUUUGUGAGUUUGGAGAGAGACUUGGGACGGAAUGGGAAAAGCUGCGCUGUGUUGCGGGAGCAGGAUGGCGAGCCCGGCCGUGUGAAUGCGGCCUCGGACGGGGGAGACAUGCCUGUGUUUCUGGGUUACGACGGAGAGACGGGCGGCGGCGGCGGCGGUGUGUCGGAGCGGCCGGGGGGAGGAGAAGUUGUGGGGACUCGGGGCAGAGAUUUGGUUCAGGAGGAGACUAAAGAGAAAGCUGAGCUCAGUGAGGAGAGCGGGGACUCUCAGAAACACGGGAAAAGAGAGGGGAAGGAGAGCGAGGAGAAGGAGAUUAUCAGGAGAACUUCAGUUGUGGAGAUUUUAAGAAGAAAUGUGGGAGCCUCCAAAACAACUUUUGCUAAUAAUGUUGCCAAUGACAACAGCCCCAAAAAAGACUCGGAUAGCUUGAACACAACAGACCUGGAGCUAGACCUAGAUCUAGGACUAAACCUAGACCUGGAUCUGGACUUGGAUCUGGAGCUGGGGUCUCUGGCGAGGAGUGAAGCGGAGGAAAGUGACUCAAAGUCGUGGGAUUUGUCCACCUCGCUGAGAUAUGGAGACUCCGAGCUGUCUGAGUCUGAGGACACCGCUGAGAGUGAUUACUACACUGUAACAGGAGGUGGAGGUGAUGGAGGAGGAGGUGGUGGAGGUGACAGCUGGAGGUCUAAAGAGCACGUCUACUGCACUGUGUACUGCAUAGCCAACGAUGACUACAGGAAACCUUCACAAACCUCCACCACAUCCACAGAGGACUCAGCUGCUGGAGCCCGCUCUCUCCUACCUCCUAUACACUCACCAGACCCACCAGACCCAGAGCUGGGCGACCACUCGGACCCCUACACCCUCUCUGACCUCGUAGACUCGGCAGUGCUGACCAGCGCUCACAGCUCCACAGUGUCUGUGGUGCUGACCUGCCGCAUCUGCCUGGAUGACCGACACUCCAGGCCCCUGCACUGCUGCCAGAAGGCCGUGUGUGAAGAGUGCCUGAAAACUUACAUCAGCUCACAGGUUCUUGUGGGCCGGACAGACAUAGUAUGUCCAAUCACAGAAUGCAGUGGGUUUCUAGAGGAGAGUGUGGUGGUGACACACCUGGCCUCUGAGGAACUGGCCAAAUAUAAGUACUUUUUGGAGCUGAGCAGACUGGACUCCAGCACUAAGCCAUGUCCACAGUGCAGCCUCUUCACCUCUUUGAAAGGACGCAGCCUACAGGCACCCAGCAAGGCUGAGCACAAAUAUAAGAUUCAGUGCAGUAAGUGCCAGUUUGUGUGGUGUUUUAAGUGCCAUGCCCCGUGGCACGAGGGCCUGAAAUGUCGUGAGUACAGAAAGGGAGACAAGCUGCUGCGUCACUGGGCCAGCGUCAUCGAACAUGGCCAGAGGAAUGCCCAGAAGUGUCCUCGAUGCAAGAUCCACAUUCAGAGAACAGAGGGCUGUGAUCACAUGACCUGCACCCAGUGCAACACUAAUUUCUGUUACCGCUGUGGGGAGAAAUAUCGUCACCUGCGCUUUUUCGGAGACCACACCUCUAACCUGAGCGUGUUUGGCUGCAAGUACCGAUAUCUGCCGGACAAACCACACCUGCGUCGGCUGGUCCGGGGCUCAGUCUGUGUGAGUAAAGUGCUGAUGGCUCCAGUGGUCAUUGUUCUGGUGGUGGUGGUUGGUGCCUUGGCUCUCGUCAUAGGUCUGUUUGCAUUCCCCAUUUAUUACAUCUGCAAGAAGCGCAGGAAACACUCCAAUGGGUCGGGACGCUGGCUGUGCUGAGGCUGUAUCUCAUCAUCCUCUGUCUUACACACACACAGACACACACAUACAGAGCACAGUGUGUGUGCCAGGACGCCUGCCACAGUGGGAGGAAUAAUCACAGAGUGAGCUCACUGAACUGCAGCCCAUGCAAAACAAAGUCUACAUGGAUGCUCUCCAUCUGUUCUGUUCCCCUCCACACACUCGGCCUUGUGCUCCAGCCACGGCCGGGGCCAUGAUGUCUCCGCGGCGCAGCAGAACAGCAACAGCCAUUUACUCUCUGCUCAGGAUUUUUCAGAAAUAUGUGGAAAAUCGGACUGUUUACAAAGAGUUACAUUAGGGGGGGAUUGAUGCUGUAUAUGAAGUGUAGAAUAAUAGUUUUUUUUUUGCUUUAUAGAUCAUUUUAGUCUUUAUAGCUUGGUUUGUUUGUGAAAAAACUGCUUUUAAAGGAGUACACUGACUUUUUUUAAGCAUAUCUCUAUCUGCCACAUCUGUAGCAUAUGGUCAGAGAGUAUGGACAGUGAUUUUUAGCACAUUUCCCUGUAUUCGGUAAACGAACGCUGACUCAUAUUCCCCUCAGCACCUGCUGAUUGACUUAUUUUAAGAGUUUAUUUUGAGUCAGCAGUUUUCUGUUCUGUUCUAAGUACAGUAAAUGUGUCGGGGAAUAGGACAAUGAUAAAUACAGAUGCAGCAGCUUGUAGAGAGAAGCUUGAGUGUUCCUUUAAGUCUAUGGCUUUUGAGUGGGAUAAUUCAGGGAUUUGGUAGGGGUUUGUAUAAAUUCAGUCCUGUCCCUCACUCCCCCCUUCCUCUCCCUAUCCCUAUCCCAAAACGUCCCCCAUACCAGAAUGCUGUGCCAACAUCCACUGGAAUUUGCAUCAUCAACAAAAGCUUGAGUGUGCCUGCACUGAGGAGACAGCUGCAGCGUUGCAGGGGUGUGUGUGAAUGCGUGCCAAUUUAAGAUGACGCGCCAUUGCUGCUGAGUUUUUAUCCUGCAGAUUUUUGCCAUGCCAUCUGUGUGUCACGACAGAUACCCAUCUACCAUGUCAAAAUGCAUGCUGGUUAAAGACUGCACCUAAAGGAUCAUGAGGUCCUUUUUUUUUUUUAGUUUUUUUGCUUUGUUUAAAAAGAUAUACAUAUAUAUAUACACCAUAUUUCGGACUCAUCUGGUGCAUGUUACUGACUUUACCCAUGGUAUAAUUGAGCUUUGCACACAAGGUUACGUACCUGGACCCUUUGCACCAAUUAUAUGCAUUUACCAUGGGUCACUAUACAAUCGUUCAGAUAUCACUGCCCUGCAGGCUUCUAUGCUGUAACACAUAUUACACUGAAUAUCGUGGAUUUAUAUCCAUCAGUAUACAGUAGUUUGUGAAUGUUCUGCUUUAAUGCUGCAUAUCAGUUUUAAGCACUACUUGACCCACUGGUUAAUUGUCCAAAAAAAAAGAAAAAAAAAACAC